GAAAACGUGGUAAUCUCGAUUAAAAUGUAAUACAAUCACAUAAUCAUAAAUAACUCCGCACUUUUGCUAAAGAACUUUUGGAUCAUUUAUUUAAACUAGUAAAUAUUCGUUACAAUUUAAAAGUUUCUUGGGUUCUUUUUUAUAAAUUUUUUUUAUAAGGAAAUAAUGAAAGAUUUUAAGAUAUAAAAAAAGAAAAUAUAUUUAUUAAAUUCUCAUAUGGCUUCUAGUGCUGACGAGGCCAGAGUUUAUUUUUCUAAAAUCCACAAAGAAGUAUACGAAUUGGCGAAUUCAGAACAACCAAUUUCGAAAAAGACAACUUUCGCACUAAAAGUUAUUGAAGAAUCUUUGGAGCGAUAUGGACUUGACGGGGUGAGUCUUUCUUUCAAUGGUGGAAAAGACUGUGUUGUAUUAUUACAUUUAUUUGCAGCCGUUUAUUAUAAAUUUUACCAAAAUUCUGACGAAAUACCUAAUAUCCAAGCUUUAUACGUUACACAUCCAAAUCCUUUCUCUGAAGUUGAUGAAUUCGUAAAAGAAUGUGAAAAACGAUAUUGUUUAAAUAUUGUUAAAAUAGAAGGCUCAAUGAAACCUGCGUUGAUAAAAUAUUUAAAACAAAAACCAAAUAUUAAAGCUAUCUUAGUUGGUACAAGGAGAAAUGAUCCUCAUGGAGGUAAACUGAAAGAAUUUACUCCAACCGACGAUGGAUGGCCAUCAAUUAUGAGAGUUCACCCAAUUCUAGAUAUGCACUACACACAAAUAUGGGAAUUCUUAAGAUCGUUAAAUGUACCAUAUUGUGUAUUAUACGAUUUGGGUUACACAUCUCUUGGUAGUAAAAAUAACACUUAUCGAAAUCCUGAUCUUAAACGAUCAGAUGGUUAUUAUGAUCCAGCUUGGAAAUUAACAGAUGAGAGCAGAGAAAGGUGCGGGAGAGAAAAUAUAAGACAGGAAAAGAUGAAUCUAAUCGAAAAAUAGAUUAUUAUAAAAUUAAUAAAUAGAUAUUUGUUAAACUCAUACACUGUUUGUAUGGCUAUAGAUACGUGAUAUUAAAUAGAUAUAAUUUACAUAAUUUAGAUUUAUAAUCAUAAAUAUACCGGAAAUAAAUACCGAAAUUUUUCUCAAUCACGUGAGCAACUUAAAUUUAAUUCACUAAGUAAAACUCGUGACU